UCCACAUCCUUUGUUGAGGCUUGUUGAUGAUCAGGUAAUCCUGCAAAUCACCCUAGGAUGUCCUUUAAUAAGCAGCAGUGCAAUCAGCCAUGCGUGCCUCCUGCAUGUCUUCAAAAGACCCAAGGGCAUUGCCAGGCAAAGGCUGAGGAGGUGUGCCUCCCCCCAUGCCAGCACCCUUGCCAAAAGAAGUGCCCAGUGCAAGCUCAAGAGGUGUGUCUUCCUCAGUGCCAGGAGUUAUACCAAGAAAACUUCUUACAGCAAGGCCAAGACCCAUGCCUACCUCUAUGUCAAGACCAAAGCCCACCUCAGUGUUUGGAGCCAUGCCAGGAGAUAUCUCAGACAAAACAUGUGGAGGUUUGCCCACAGAAAGUCCAGGAGAAGUGCUUACCCCCUGGCAAGGGAAAGUAG